AUGGACAGCCAGAACAGCACAGACGAGGUCACCUUCAUUCUGCUUGGGCUCUCCCAGUACCCACAGGCCCAGACCAUCUUCCUCUGCCUGCUCCUCAAGUCCUACAUCAUCACCCUUUGUGGGAACAGCCUCAUCCUGCUCCUGAUCUACUAUGAUCCCCAGCUCCAAAUGCCCAUGUACUUCUUCCUCAGCAACCUGUCCUUCCUGGACAUGUGCUACACCACGUCCAGUGUGCCCCAGAUGCUCAUCAAUUGCUUGGUGACCAUCCCCAUCAUCUCGCUAGGACAGUGUUUGGCUCAGAUGGCCGCAGAACUUUAUAUGGGUUAUGUGGAAUGUCUUCUGCUGGCUGCCAUGGCCUGUGAUCACUGUGUGGCCAUUGUUGACCCCCUGCGCUACUCUGUGCACAUGAGGCCCCAGCUGUGUGUCCUGUUGGCUGGGACUUCAUGGACUGCAGCCUUCCUGCUGACUGUGGUCCCUGUGCUGAUCAUGCCAUUGGAGUUCUGUGGUCCUCAGUUCAUCAAUCACAUCUCAUGUGAGCUCCUGGCCCUGCUCAAGCUUGCCUGCUCUGAUCUGCAGUUCUACCACUUUCUUCUGGUGGGCACCAGUGCCCUGACACUGCUGGCUCCUUUUGCCUUCAUCCUGGGCUCCUAUCGAAGCAUCCUGGUGGCCGUGCUUCAGAUGCAGUCCACAGAGGGUGUGAUAUGUGGAUCAUGCCUCACAUUGGUGGUCCUCCUUUAUGGCAUGGCCAUCUCCAUGUAUAUGAUGUCUCACGGCAAGACCAUCCAUGACCAAGACAAGAUCAUCUCCAUCUCCUAUAGCGUUCUCACCCCCAUGAUGAACCCCCUCAUCUACAGCCUGUGGAAAAAGCACAUGAAAGGGGCCUGCAAGAGGCUCAUGGGGAAAAGGAUUGAUCUCUAA